AUGAAUUCUUUCAAUGAAUACUCAAAUUUAAUGUACGAGGAUAUUAGUGAUGCCGAGGACAUUUGUAUUGGCGAUGGACAUAAUUGCAUGUCAGAAGACAUCGGUGAUGUCGAGGACGUGGAUUUAGUGGAUGAAAAGUGUAGUGAAAACGGUAAUAAUGAUGUAGAUCACAAGGAUGACUCCAGCUAUGAUGGAGAUGACGAAUAUUCCUCCGGCAACGAAACGGAAUCUGACGAAAAUGAAGAGUCCGAGGAUGAAGACUUCCAAGAUAAACACUCCAAAGAUGAAGACUCCAAAGAUAAACACUCCAGAGAUGAAGAGUCCGAAGAUGAAUAUUCCGAUGAUGAUGACUCAGAAGAUGACCAUAAUGAUAUAACAACACAAACUAUCAGCAAAGCUAGAAAAAUGAAUUCUUUCAACGAAUACUCAAAUUUAAUGUACGAGGAUAUUAGUGAUGCCGAGGACAUUUGUAUUGGCGAUGGACAUAAUUGCAUGUCAGAAGACAUCGGUGAUGUCGAGGACGUGGAUUUAGUAGAUGAAAAGUGUAGUGAAAACGGUAAUAAUGAUGUAGAUCACAAGGAUGACUCCAGCUAUGACGGAGAUGACGAAUAUUCCUCCGGUAACGGAACAGAAUCUGACGAAGAUGAAGAGUCCGAGGAUGAAGACUUCAAAGAUAAACACUCCAAAGAUGAAGACUUCAACGAUAAACACUCCAAAGAUGAAUAUUCCGAUGAUGAUGACUCAGAAAAUGACCAAAAUGAUAUAACAACACAAACUAUCAGCAAAGCUAGAAAAAUGAAUUCUUUCAACGAAUACUCAAAUUUAAUGUACGAGGAUAUAAGCGAUGCCGAGGACAUUGGUAUUGGCGAUGGACAUAAUUACAUGUCAGAAGACAUCAGUGAUGCCGAGGACGUGGAUUUAGUAGAUGAAAAGUGUAGUGAAAAUGGUAAUAAUGAUGUAGAUCACAAGGAUGACUCCAGCUAUGAUGGAGAUGACGAAUAUUCCUCCGGCAACGAAACGGAAUCUGACGAAGAUGAAGAGUCCAAAGAUGAAGACUCCAAAGAUAAACACUCCAAAGAUGAAGAGUCCGAAGAUGAAUAUUCCGAUGAUGAUGACUCAGAAGAUGACCAUAAUGAUAGUGAUUUUCUACACUUUUAUUAUGAAGAACAAGGAACGUGCAGCCAAUAUUAUGAAAAGACGUACAAUCCGAUGGAAUGCGGAUAUAAAAGAUAUGAAGCAAAACGUUUGCGUUUGUGGUAG